UGACGACGCUACAUUUGUAGGCUGCUUCCUAACUGAAGAAAAGCUUUUUCAGUUCUACAUAAAAUUAGUGCGUAACUGAGGUUGUACACUCUUGACUCGGCCGUUUUUAUGAGGAUUUCAGUUCUGCUUUAAACCACUGCUAUCAUUUACCCAGCAUUUUCUUUACAGAAUAUAAUUAGCCUUCAAUAGCAAAGCGACGUGACUUUUUCCAGCGGGGAGCUAACGCGGCUAACAGUGGAGACCUAAUCUAUUUUUUUUUUACGUCAAAGCUUUUAAUGUCCAUUAUUUAGUGCAAGGAGACCAGUUACAGAGUGGACCCAGCACUACCGAUCAAGGUAUCGGACUCUGCUCUGCAGCAUCGCUACAGCUCUGCUACGUUUCAGGUUCUAUGGCUGGAACCUUGACCCAGUUGAAGAUGUGAAGGCUGCAAACAAGAAUUUUGAAAAGAAAAAUCCAGAUGUUCCCUGUCCACCAGAACUUCAGUUUGGACCAGCACACACUAGAACUUCUCCAGAUAAAGGAGGAACAGGAGGAACUGUGGAUCACUCACACAAGAGGGCAACCUACUGUGAAGGGGGAAGAUGAUGAGAAACCUCAGUUGUCAGAGCUUCAUCACAUUAAAACUGAAGACAAUAGAGAGACUGAAGCUUCAGCCAGCAGCUCAGCUGAACUGAUGAAAACAGAACUUGGAGAGGAGUGUGGGGGACCAGAACCAUAUUCGAAAUGCUGCCUUGAGUUAAAAACUGAUGAAAUUACUUCGGAUUCUUCUGUGACUGAUAUCACUGAUGAUGAUGAUGAUUGGCACGGUCCUUUGUCAGGUUCUGAUCCUAACACAGGAUCAGAACCCCACUAUAAGGAUCAGAGUCUCAAUAUUCAGAAGACCACAAAACCCCAGUCAGAGUCUGCUAAAACAUUUGUCUCCAAGUUGCCUCUCCAGGAAGGAAAAAGCUCUUCCCUCUGUUUGGUUAACCAGAAAUGUCCUGGAGUCAAAGAAAACAUGGAUUCUCCACCAGUACAUGGGAGUUACAAAUGGUUUUGUUGUGAUGUUUGUGGAAUACAUUUUACCAAAAAGGGAAAUCUGGAGAAACACAUGAUGGUUCACAAACAAGAAAAAACAUUUACCUGUGAAGAAUGCGGUAAAAACUUCAAACGACAUUUACAGCUUACUGUUCACCUUAAAAUUCACAGAGGUGAGAAGCCUUAUCAUUGUGAUUUUUGCAGUAAAGGGUUUAUAGUAAACAGUGCUCUGCAAGCACACAAGAGGCUCCACUUAGGAGAGAAGCCAUUUGGCUGUGAUGUUUGUGGUAAAACCUUUCAUUUAAAGAGGAUUCUGAAAAUGCACAUGAAGGUGCACUCGGUGGAGAAACCAUUUCAUUGUACAAUGUGUGAAAAACGAUUCAAAUGUCCGUAUAUUCUGAAAAAGCACAUGAGCCUUCACUCUGGACUGAAGCCAUUUGUUUGUGGUGUUUGUAGUAAAGCAUUUUCACAAGAAGAAACUCUAAAAACACACAUGGUUGUUCACACUACAGAAAAACCAUUUCCGUGUGAUAUUUGUGGAAAAAGUUUUAAAUAUAUGUCCUAUGCUCGAAAACACAAACUGUUUCACAGUGGUGAGAGCGGACAUAGCUGUGAUAUUUGUGGUAAAACGUUUGUUUUAAAGCCUGCGCUCAAGGCGCACUUGAGGAGUCACACUGGGGAGAAACCAUUCUCCUGUGAUGAUUGUGGAAGACAGUUUCAUGUUAAGGCAAACCUUAAACAGCACAUGAGGGUCCACACAGGCGAGAGGCCAUUUGCCUGUGAUGUUUGUUGUAAAACAUUUAGUAGAAAGACCCAUCUUACAGUGCACACACGGAUACACUCGGGAGAAAAACCAUUUUUCUGUAACAUUUGUGAAGAAAAAUUUCGAUUUCAGCACAAUCUCAAAACACACAUGAGGGUCCACACAGGCGAAAGGCCUUAUGUUUGUAGCGUUUGCUGUAGAGGAUUUUCACGACAAGAGCAUCUAAACAAACACAUUGCUAUUCACACAGCGGAAUAAGUUUAGUUUUUGUCAUUGUGGUCAAAAUCUUAUCGGUGUGAAAAUAGCUCCUUAGAUUGUUGGUUAAAAUUGCAGGAAAUCUCUAACUAAAAACUUAUUUAUGCAGGAAAAAUUAUAAAUAUCUGAUUAGCAUAGUAAAGGGGUUUCUACAGGUGGUCAUAUUUAAGCAAACUAAAGACAGCCAGACUUUGUAUAAGAAGGCUUAUAAGAAAUAUAAUUUAGCCAUUUAUUAUUGUACUGUUUUAAACAUUAACAUUCAACAUAGGUUGCAUGUGGGCAAAAAAAAAAUCUGAUUUGGGUUGCAUUUACCUGUUGUGUGAAAUUGGCCUCAGAUGUCUAAAAAGCACCUCACUGAUGUUAUUUCAACUACAGGGGCUAGGAUUAUUUAGGGGUUAAAGGUCUAAACCUUUCCUCUGUUAGACAAACACUUUUUUGUUCAUCUUGUUUUAAUGAGUAAAACAAGGUUAAAUUUAGUUGUUUACCUAUAAUUAAAUUACAUUCUUUUCCAGGGAUUAAAAAAUUUGAUUUUAAUGCGUACAUCUAUUUCUAUCUAAAGUAACAUUUAAUAGCCUUCAGCUUAAUAUUUUCACAACUGUAUAUAUUAUUAGUGCGUUCUUUCGGUGGGAUUUGUAUGUGGGAUAAUGGAGACAUGAUUGGUGAACUGGUGCAUCUGUGUUAAUCCAAAUGUAGCACCAUAGAUUCAGCUCUACAAAUUGAUAAGAUUUCAUCCAGCUUCAUAGUAAGGUCUGUUGGUUAUCAUGACUCACAAACCUGCAGGUUAUAAAUUUAGUCAGUCUUUUAAAUAUCAGCUUCAAAUCUAAGUCUUCUUCAGUGCAUAACAAGGUGCUAUUGAAGUAAUUUAUUCCUUUAAAUCAAAUGUGUUGGAGCAGAAACAUUUGAAUCAUGCAUAGCAGAGUGUCCUAGUGUUUCUGAGUAGGUGGAGGUUUUGCUCCUUUGAGAAUAUUUUACCAUUUUACUCCAGUGAAGCAGAUAGGAAAUGAGUCUUCAUUUCGAUCUUUAAAUCUGAAAUGAAUAUAUAUGAAUAGCAAAUAAAAAAUGUUUGUUCUGUA